AUGGCCACGUCAACAGUAACCGGUGCAGAACAGCACCCUUCCCCGCUACAAUCAGAAUCCAACCCGGCCGAUGCACAACUGAACACAGACCUCGACAAAUUUCCGACUUUUGUUGAUGAUCAUCACGAUGCCCCUUUAAGUUCAAGCAGUCAUUCAAAUGCCGCCUAUAGAUCUAUACAAGAUGACCAUUGGAUACCACGCAAAGCGGAACGUGUUGCCUGGCAAAAUGGAGCUUUCAGGAAACACCGGCCAAGGAAAAGUAUCAGCGAGGCGAUCAGCACCAUUAGGACACGCAAUGCCAGUGUGAGCGCUAAUGCACAUGAGCUUGCCAAUGCACUGGGAGCUCCUGUGUCAUAUCGUCUAAUUAUUCUCUGCGUGAUUUGGUAUAUGACCUCCGCUCUUACGAAUACGUCAUCUAAGUCUAUUCUCAACGCCCUUCCACAGCCAAUCACACUCACAAUUGUACAAUUUGCUUUUGUUGCCACCUGGUGCCUGACUUUGACUUAUCUCUCCACGGUUUUUCCGGCCCUCAAGAAACAUAUUCCGGCACUGAAGAAUGGAAUACGUUACCCGACGCGCGAGGUCAUCUUGACUGCAUUGCCUUUGGCGAUAUUUCAGUUGGCUGGACAUAUACUAAGCUCUAUGGCGACUUCCCAGAUACCCGUGUCUUUGGUGCACACCAUUAAGGGUCUGUCGCCCCUCUUUACAGUCUUCGCCUAUCGUGUUUUCUUCCGCAUACGUUACGCCAAAGCAACAUAUCUUUCACUAAUACCCUUGACUCUGGGUGUCAUGCUAGCUUGCUCUACUGGCUUCUCCACUGAUUUCUUCGGCAUUCUGUGCGCAUUCCUUGCUGCGCUAGUCUUUGUUGCCCAGAACAUCUUCUCGAAAAAAUUAUUCAAUGAAGCAGCGCGUGCCGAGCUGGAUAUGCAAUCAGGUAGUCGUCGCAAGUUGGACAAGCUCAAUCUUCUGUGCUAUUGCUCCGGUUUAGCCUUUUUGUUGACGUUGCCGAUUUGGGCGAUCAGCGAGGGGUAUACACUAAUAUCCCAGAUUAUGCGCGACGGUUCCAUUGCCCUAUCAGUGGCAAAGGGGUCGUUAGAUCAUGGCGAGCUUUUACUAGAAUUUGUGUUCAACGGGGUGACCCACUUUGCGCAGAAUAUUCUUGCCUUCGUUCUAUUAUCCAUGAUUUCGCCAGUUUCCUAUUCAGUGGCUUCUCUUGUGAAGCGCGUCUUCGUCAUCAUCGUUGCAAUAGUAUGGUUUGGCAGCUCAACAACUUCUGUUCAGGCAUUGGGAAUUGCUCUGACAUUUCUGGGGCUUUACCUCUAUGACCGCAAUAGCCACGAUGAUCUCGCAGAUCAGAGGGCCAACGCAGAUCACUUCCGUGGGAAUGAAUCCCUUCUUCCAAUGAAUGCCGGGCCUUCGGGUAAACAAAAGGAUUCGAACGGUUAUGCUUUUCCAACGAGCAAGGCUCUUGAACCUGAAAACCAAACCCUUCGCCAGAAGAAAGAGGACGACCCCCCAGAGCACAUGCGAACGAGAGCAGCAAGUAAUCUUCCACGGACUUGGUUGCCUCCUGGCACGAAACAAGAGUCGACUUGGCAACCGACAGAUUCCUAG